AUGUUUUUACCAGCACCCAAUCAAAAUGUUACCAACCAAAGUUAUUCAGAUGUAUCAAGUGAUUCUGUCAAUUCCAUUGCUUGUAGACGUCGUCGUGGAUGUUGUGGUGGUAAGAACAUUGAUAUUGAUAUCGAUAUUGAUAUUUGUAUUGACAAUGCUUUUGGUGGUCGUGGUGCUCGUAAUGGAUGGUGGUAA